AUGAACGUCUUGGGUUACCUGCGGCCUGGGCCACAGGUAACCCAAGACAUUCAUUUUGUUUCGGAUACACUUCGCCUUUGUGAGGACAAGGUUCCUGACGCAGAGGACAAGGUUCCUGACGCUGAGGACAAGGUUCCUGGCGCUGAGGACAAGGUUCCUGACGCUGAGGACAAGGUUCCUGACGCUGAGGACAAGGUUGCUGGCGCUGAGGACAUUUUUCAUUAAAAAUAGAUAAAUGAACGUCUUGGGUUACCUGUGCCCUGGACCACAGGUAACCCAAGACAUUCAUUUCGUUUCGGAUACACUUCGCCUUUCUGAGGACAAGGUUCCUGACGCUGAGGACAAGGUUCCUGACGCUGAGGACAUUUUUCAUUAAAAAUAGAUAAAUGAACGUCUUGGGUUACCUGUGCCCUGGGCCACAGGAAACCCAAGACAUUCAUUUUGUUUCGGAUACACUUCGCUUUGCUGAGGACAAGGUUCCUGUCGGUGAGGACAAGGUUCCUGGCGCUGAGGACAAGGUUGCUGGCGCUGAGGACAUUUUUCACUAAAAAUAGAUAAAUGAACGUCCUGGGUUACCUGUGCCCUGGGCCACAGGUAACCCAAGACAUUCAUUUCGUUUCGCAAACACUUCGCCUUUGUGAGGACAAGGUUCCUGACGCAGAGGACAAGGUUCCUGACGCUGAGGACAAGGUUCCUGGCGCUGAGGACAUUUUUCAUUUAAAAUAGAUAAAUGAACGUCUUGGGUUACCUGCGGCCUGGGCCACAGGUAACCCAAGACAUUCAUUUUGUUUCGGAUACACUUCGCCUUUGUGAGGACAAGGUUCCUGACGCAGAGGACAAGGUUCCUGACGCUGAGGACAAGGUUCCUGGCGCUGAGGACAAGGUUCCUGACGCUGAGGACAAGGUUCCUGACGCAGAGGACAACGUUCCUGACGCUGAGGACAAGGUUCCUGGCGCUGAGGACAAGGUUCCUGACGCUGAGGACAAGGUUCCUGGCGCUGAGGACAAGGUUCCUGAAGCUGAGGACAAGGUUGCUGGCGCUGAGGACAUUUUUCAUAAAAAUAGAUAA